UGUGACGUGCAGUAGUUACUAACAAGCAGCCAUUUGGAAGCUCUCUUUGUCUCUGUAUAUCUUCACCUGAUAAACAGCAUAUUCUGCGUCAAAUCUCGAAAGCGAUGGGACAAAUCCUCGAGAAACUCCAAGGUAACAAAUGGAAAGAAAGGCAGAUUAGAAAGAUAACUGAUAAAAUUUUUGAUCAUUUCAAGAAUGAAACUGGAAAGGCCAAUAUGACAUUUGAGGAGCUCCAUAUUGCUGUGUUACUUGUGUACAAUGAUAUUAAUAAGCAUAUACCUGGGCCUCAUUUUGAUCCUCCCUCAAAGGAGCAAAUUAAGAUUCUGAUGCAGGAGAGUGAUAUCAACCUCGAUGGUGAACUCGAUCGUGAAGAAUUUUCAAAGUUUGUGCUCAGAAUAACCCAGGAUACGUUCGUCACUGUGACUCGGGGAUUAAUCACUACCCUGGCUAUGGCUCCAACAGUCGCUUUACUGACAAAGAAGACGACAGAGAACGUCCCAGGCGUCGGGAAAGCUGUACAAAAGUUGCCGAAUUCAGUCUAUGCAUCCCUAGUGACCCUGGUAAUUGUCAUGUUUCAACAAAGACAAUAGAAACUUUAUUUUCCUCUACAUUUAAAGAUAGCUGGCAUUAUUGCAAGCCUGUUUAAUUGAUUGUCAAUCGAUAACUUCUUAAUUGUACUGAAUAAAACAGGGAAUCGGCUCAUAAGAAGAUACAAUUAACUCUUGCUGUUUAGCAUUUAGUAUAA